AUGGAGAACCCAUCUUUUGUCUUGCGCGCUGUCAAGGACGUUGUGAUUGAGGACCGCCCCAGGCCUGUUCUCAAGGACCCCCAUGAUGUUAUUGUCCACGUCGCGCAGACCGGUAUCUGUGGCAGCGAUGUCCACUACUGGCAACGCGGUCGCAUCGGCGACUACAAGCUCACAGGCCCUAUGGUCUUGGGCCACGAAUCCUCCGGCGUCGUCGUCGAGACCGGUGACAAGGUGACCGAUCUCAAGCCCGGCGACCGAGUUGCUAUGGAGCCCGGUGUUCCCUGUCGCCGUUGCGAAUACUGCCGCAAAGGCUCCUACCACCUCUGUGGCGACAUGAUCUUCGCUGCCACCCCUCCCUGGGACGGAACACUGGCUAAAUACUACGUCAACGCUGCCGACUUCUGCUAUAAGGUUCCCGAUUCGAUGACAUUGGAGGAAGCCGCCAUGGUUGAGCCUGUAUCUGUUGCUGCAGCUAUUGCCAAAACUGCUGAUCUGCGUGCGCACCAGACAGUGCUUGUUCUUGGCUGUGGUCCUAUUGGCGUUCUGUGCCAGGCAGUUGCUAAGGCCUAUGGCGCGAAGACUGUUGCUGGCGUUGAUGUUGUUCCGUCUCGUUUGGAGGUGGCUAAGUCCUACGGCACCGACCAUGUAUACACCCCUGCUCGCGCAGAACCAGGUGCUGACCCUAUGGAGCAUGCUGAGAAGGUUGCGCUCCAGAUGAAUAAGGAGCUUGGUCUUGGAGAUGGUGCCGAUGUCGUUCUUGAGUGUUCUGGAGCUGAGGCAUGCGUCCAACUCGGCAUAUACGCAGCUAAGCGUGGAGCUACCUUUGUGCAGGCUGGUAUGGGCAAGGAGAUUAUCAAUUUCCCUAUUACUGCUGUCUGUACUCGUGGUUUGAUCAUCAAGGGAUCUAUCCGCUACUUGGCCGGUUGUUAUCCUGCCGCCAUUGACUUGAUUGCCAAGGGUCAGAUCGAUGUCAAGCGAUUAAUCACCAAUCGUUACAAAUUUGAGGAGUCGGAGCAGGCAUUCGAGCUUGUGAAGUCUGCGCGCCAGGAUGUUUUUAAGGUUAUGAUCGCCGGUGUUGGUUACUAA